AGAAAAAGAUUGAUUCGCUUCACUAUCCCCCCUUCUCCUACCUCGAGAUCAAAUUGGCCAUAUGCCCUGUGUAACCUGAACUCCGCGAGAAUCCACCCUCCCUCUCCCCUUCCCCAACGGACACUUCCACAUAUGCUCCGGGCGUCGCAUUCCUCCUCUGAACCGCGCGUCGCCGCUCCGCCUUGGCCUAACGGCUCCUGCCAGAAAUGGCGACGUCGUACAGUGGCUCGGACCUCCGUCGCGCUUCGCUUCUCCACUCCGACUGAUCCCUCUUCCCGUCCCCAACGGAUACAUCCAGAUAUGCCCCGGACGUAGCAUUCCUCCUCUGAACCGCCCGUUGCUGCUCCGUCUUGGCCAAACGGCUCCUGCCAGAAAUGGCGACGUCGUACUGUGUCUCCGGCCCUCCGCCGCGCUAUAUAACGGCUUUGAUCCUCCUCUCCGGCUGUAUGCAAGAUGGAUUCCAGCAGCUUACAUCGUACGGAACCCACCGACAAGCCAGCCGGCAGAUCGAGCAAGUCGCUCGAUACUGGCUGGAUCAUCCUCAUCGUCUUGGCGGUCCUCGCCGCCGUGGGGCUGCUGGUCCUGGCUGUCUGCUGCAUCCGCCGGCGGAAGCAGAAGCCCAGGGCUCCAGCUGCGAUCCGUCGGCGCGAGCGACUCCCGGCCGGGACAGCGGCCGUCCGCAUCGGCGAAAGCGGCGCCGGGCGACUCCCGGCCGACGCAGCGGCCGUCCGCAUCGACGAAAGCGGCGCCGGGCGACUGCCGGCCGACGCAGUGGCCGUCCGCAUCGGAGAGAGCGGCGCCGGGCGACUCCCGGCCGACGCAGUAGCCGUCCGCAUCGGAGAGAGCGGCGCCGGGCGACUCUCGGCCGACACAGCGGUCUUCCACACGGGCGAAAGCAGCGGCGCCGGCGAGGGAGCCGGAGUCCAAGCCACCGUCUGUCCGAUGUGUACCCGCCCGUACGACAACGAGCCGUGCAGGUGGGCACCAGAAAGGCUGAAUUGCGGGCACGUCUUCCAUGGGCAGUGCAUCAAGCCGUGGGGCGCCGUCAACCUGGCUUGCCCAGUCUGCAACACAACCCACAUCCAGCUUCUUGGGAAGACGCCCGGCGACGCCAGGGCAGCAAGGCACCGGUACUCAUUCAGCCAUCUCGAGAGCUCGGUCACCACCAAGGAUGACAUCGCCGUCGGCAGCUCGAGCUUCCGGCAACGAGAUUGGGAUUGAGUUUCCCGGGGGCGGGGGAUGAAUUCUAGAAUGCUGUAGUGUUUUCUCUUUCGAUCGUAGAACUGAAUUGUUGGUCUAUUGAUUAGCAUCAGUAGAGAAGUGGUGUUUGCCCCGGUUGUAGCGUAGUGAAAAUUGACGAUGUGAAAUUAACAUGAUGUUUGAUGUUUCUGAA